AUGAGCGGUGGACAAGCAGCGGAGGGCGCAGGGUGCGUUACGUGGUGGGGACUGAGUCCGGCUCGGGACCUGCUUUCUGCAGGCCCUGCGAGACGAGAAGAGGAGGCCAAUGUUCUCCUGGUUGGCAGCGCAGAUCCACGACAUAUUCUGAAGACCAUUAGUGGUUUGAGGAUUGAAGAAAGCCUCCAUGUGUGGGUGAUAGAAAGCAGCAUGGAGGUGGUGGCUCGCCAGCUGUUGCUCCUCUACCUGGCACUGAUGCCCCAGGAAAGCAUGGGACUGAACGAGAAGACAGAGGUCUACCUGGAGGUGUUUGGGAACGGUGAGAUCCGCGGCCAAACAGAGGAAAUACUGAGAAACGCAGCAUCACAGCUUUCUCUGUGUGUUACUGAAACAAUGGAGACGGCCGCACACCCCUGUCUCAACACAACUCUCCUCAAGUUUAAGGAGCGAGAUGAGCUGGCCAGGAUAUUCAAAUCGUGGAUCCCGCCUCAGUCUUCAUCAUCUUCAUCCGAGCGUUCUGUUCCCAUCGUCAUGUCCAAAGCCUGGGAUUAUCGGGUCAGGCAACACCUAGGAACAAGAUACGACUCCAAGAAAGGCUCCUUCGACUGGGACCUCACAAUGAAGCUGCAAGACAAAGGGUGUGGUGUCAUCAAUAAACAACAAUAUGUGAAAUGGAGGGAGCGGGGUUUGGCGUUCGAAAUGAGGGAAGGUGUCUACCAAAUAACCAAUCCAACUUUACUCUCGUCAAGAGUGUUCCGUCAGAGAGGGAACAAAGUUGCUGUGAGAGGUUACUGGGGAGACAUAGUAUCCAGUCCCUACCUCUCCUUUGGCAUUGAAAGUGAUGACGAGAGCCUUCUGAAGAGACAAAAUGCAAAACAUAUCAAGACAGCCCAGGAUAUCUCAAUUGCAAAUGUGCAGGCAUUGUUCCAGUCGCUGUCCAGUAGAAGGGGCUGCCCCUCUCCUUCCCAGGCAGACACAGAGGGACAGGAGCCAUCCACACAGAUAGACCAAAAAUCUGUCCCCAUUAACGACUUGAUGCGUCUGAGCGGCCUCUCUGUGACCUUCCUGCCUUUGGACUCACUUCACAAACUGCCAGAGAAAAAGAAGUAUUCCCACUUCUUCAAAACCAUUUACCUCUCCAUUAGCUGCGCCCACCAGUUGGGCCCGACGAUGACACAGAUCGCAGCACCAGACGCUGUGGUUGUCAUGGAGUUGGCCAAGUACGUUUUGGAUCUGACCAAAGACCAGGAAGCAGAAUUUGCAAAGAAAGUGGCGAGCAUCGCUGUGGAGGCUGGAUUUGAACCGUGGUGUGACGGGAGGAGUGAUGACGUCCAUGCUGUGUUCAUACCAAAGACAAAGUAA